GUAUACUGUUGACGCGAUCGAAAGACUGAUUUACUUCUGGAGAAAAAAUAUGUGUGAGGUCUACCGAGGCCUGAAGCAACAUGGACUACCGCUACGUAGACCAGCAAGGGUCACAUAGAACCGGCUCACAUGAAGAUCAGCAGGGUGGUUUGACACAUCAUCAGCAACAUGUACAACAUCUACCACACUUCAGUCAUCAGCACUCUCUGCAACCUCCACCACAUCAACAUAUGCACCAUGUGUCUCAACCUGUGUUUGUUGCUGCUCCUCAUGGCAGCAGGGAAGUGGCCUACAACAGCAGGAGACAGAGCGGGCAAGAUCUACAGUCUAUCCUAGAAGUGGCUGGUCUUGUCCCUGUAAGACCUCCUCCUCCUGCCCAUCUAUCUCAACACCCAAACCAACCAGAUCAACAACGUCAGCAACAAGCAGACACCAGACCUAUGCAACUCAUUCCUGAUGGACAACUCCAACGAGACUACAGCAGCAACCCUCCUCCAUCCCUCCAGCAACAACAAGAAGACUAUCAGAGAGACUAUGGAUCACACCACCAGCUCCAGUCAUCGGGCGUCGGCUCCUCACGUCAAGAUGCCUCCGGCAUAGUGGAGAUCGUGGAUCAACCCCAGCAGACCAGUCAAGAAACUCAGCAGAAUAAUGAGGAUAGCGACCUGGAGCCACCUCCUAGUAUCAUCUUGAGAGAGAAGCAACGUCUAGGGCCGUUACCACCAGCUUCAUCACCACCUAAACUUCAAGAUCUUGUUUACUGCUUUGCUGAGAAUGAUAAAAAGAAGGUGAUAGGAGUGAAGGCCGAGAAGACGUUUGAGAAAGGUUAUGAGUUUGGAUCUUUCCUGGGAGCUCUGGUAGAUGAAGCCGCUGGAUGCGUAGAGGAAUCAUCUUGGGAGCUUUGUCUGCAGGGCAAGAUUCUCUACUAUGUAGAUGGCAAGUACAAACGCAAUGAGAACUGGCUGCUACACGUACAGUGUGCAAGGAAUCUAGAGGAACAGAACAUUGAAGCGGUGCAACGCUACGGGUACAUUCACUUUCAAACUAUCAAGGUCAUAGAGCCAGGAACUGAACUGAGGGUCUUCUACAGUAAGGAGUACGCCAAGCAUGCAGGUUUCAAGGUCAAAUUAAAUGACCUCUGCUAUAAGAAAGAGACGGACAACUUCCAGUGCAAGGAGUGUCAGUGUUUCUACAAGUCUGCUAAGCGCAUGAUGAGACACAUGAAGCUAGCCCAUGACAGGGAACACACAGGGGAAAUACGACCUCUCUUUACAUGGGAAGUCAAGAAGAAGCUUACCGAAAUCAGGCAAGCGACCGCGACCCAUCACAUCAGGAGUGCGGACAACCGUUUCAUCUGCGUGACGUGCGGUAAAGACUUUCCUACCGGAGGCCGGCUAACGGCCCACGAGACUUUCCACGAUUAUGCGGGCGGAAUGUACGUCUGUGACCAUUGCGGAGAAGCGUGCGAGAAUGCGCAGAUAUUGACUAAGCACAUCUUGAAGCAUCAAGCCCGUCCAUUUAGAUGUGAGGUAUGCAGUAAGAUAUUCACGUCCAAGAAUAACUUACGCAGGCAUGAACGUGAGAUGCACGGUUGGAACAGUAACAAGUUCUGUUGUCAGAAUUGCAAGCAGGAGUUUGAGGAUUUAGCAGAAUUCAAGAGACAUCAGUGUAAGGACACCAGCAAAGCGAUGCGGAAAGAAGAUGGAAUAAAAAAUGAUAAAACUGCAGCUGCUGAUAAGGUAACUGACGAAGACGGAAAGGAGAAAGUUUCUGAUAAGCCAGCAGAAGCAGCUUCGGCAUUUCCCGUUGAUAUGCUUGGAAAGCGCUUCUCUUACUUUGAUCGUCCGCGACCUUACAAGUGUCGCCAUUGCGGCAUGAAGUUCCGUCAGUACAACCAGAGGAAGUAUCACGAGCAGGAGGCCCACGAAGGGAAGGGUACCUACCAAUGUCCUCAGUGUUCACAAAGGUUUGCUACACGGUGUAACCUCGAUGCUCAUCUCAAGAAACACAACCCGGUCAGACCUUUCCAGUGUGAGCUGUGCCCUCGCACCUUCGCGUCGGCCAGCGCCUUGACCAACCAUCAAGGAGAACACACAGGAUUGAAACCUUACAAGUGCACCGUGUGCAGUAGAGGCUUCCGAACGCAGAAACUCAUGGGUAAGCAUCGCACCCGCAUGCACGGCAAGCGAGAGAAGCGCUUCUCAUGUAGCUACUGUGACAAGCGCUUCAUGGAGCGUUCUAGCUGGCGGAACCAUGAGAGGCGUCAUAAAGGUAUCCGUCCCUAUGUGUGUCUGGUGUGCGGGAAGGGGUUCUCCAGUAAAGAUUCUAUGGUGGUUCAUCAACGUGUUCAUACGGGAGAAAUGCCAUUUAAAUGUGAAAAAUGUGGGAAACAAUUCAGGAAUAAUCACAACCUCACAGCUCAUCUAUUACAUCAUACUGCAGAGGGUCAUUGAGUGAGUUCAUACGACAGAGCAGUAAUCAAACAGCUCAUCUAUUACACCAUAAUACAGAGGGUCAUUGAGUGCGUUCAUACGACGGAGAAGUAAUCUAACAGCUCAUCUAUGACACCAUACUACAAAGGAUCAUUGGUUGUGUUCAUACGAAGUGUGGAAAGUUAAAGAAUAAUCACAACCUCACAACUCAUCUAUUACACCAUACUGCAGAGGGUCAUUGAGUGAGUUCAUACGACAGAGAAGUAAUCUAACAGCUCAUCUAUUACACCAUACUACAGAGGGUCAUUGAGUGAGUUCACACGACAGAGAAGCAAUGAAUAGCGAUGAAUCAUAAUUUAACAGCUGAUCUAUGACAUCAUACUACAGAGGGUCAUGGUGUGUGUUCAUACGACAGCGAACUGGUGAAUAGUUUAAGAAUAAUCACAAUCUAACAGCUCAUCUAUUACAACGUACUACAGAGGGUCAUUGAAUGCAUUCACACGACAGCGAAUCAAUGAAUAGCGAUGAAUAACCACAAUCUAACAGCUCAUUUCUGACACACAUUCUGUAAUAACCUAGUCACACCUCCAAUUCAACUUCAUUUAUCAACAACAUCUUGGUCAUUUGUUUAAAUGUAAAUGGUUUGUUUGGUUUAUUGCUGGUCUGGGGGGUGUUUCACAAAGAUCCUAUUUUGGACUUAACAAUUAUGGCUGUUAGCAUCUAUGAAAAUUUUUAGUAAAAGUUAUUUCGAAAGGCAUACAA